CUGAGGACGUGGAGGGAAUGGUACUUCACCUUCACGAACUACCUGGUCGCGAACGACCCGGAGUUUGAGGAGGACCUUCGGAACUUGGACCUGGACACGGUGGUGUCCCACGAGCUUCUUCCAGAUGAUGUGGUCAGUCGCAGCCAGCGGCUGUACGGGCUCCUCUGCUCACUGCUUCGUGGCCGGCCGCUGCUCCUCAUAAAGAACCUCGACAGCACGAAGUGUGGAUAUGAAGCAAUCAGGCGGCUGAAGAAUGAGAUGGAGCCGCGGGAGAAAGCCCGAAGCCUGGCUUUACUUCGAAGCUUGGCAAGCUGGAGGUUUGAUGGGACGGCGGGCCUUCACGAGCAGCUGGUGAAGUACGAGGAGGCCUUGAGGACCUACGAGCUAGCAUCGCAAAAGACUUUUCCGGAGGACUUGGUGCUGGCGACGGUCCUCACUGGGAUGAAGGAGCCGCUGAGGUCGCAACUUCAGCUUCGGAUGGGGCCUGGAACAAAGUACAGCGAAGUCAGGGAAUGGAUUCUCCAAUGGGAGAGUCUGAACACACCUUGGGCGACAACAACCCCAGGAGGAAAGGGAGGCGGCCGAGAUGAUGGUGGAGCUCGGCCCAUGGACGUGGACAGAGGCAACUACGGCAACUACGGCGGCAAAGGUUGGAACCAAGGAUCUGGAGGCAGCUGGGCCGGCAACUGGGACAGCGAAGCUUGCCGCAUCUGCGGGAAGCGUGGACACUGGAAGUGGGAAUGCCCACAGGCCAAAGGAAAUGGCUGGGGAAAGCAAGGCGGCAAAGGAAAAGGAAAGAAGGGCGACAAGGUGCAGCAAGUGGAACAGAGCGGUGCCGCUUCGGUGGCCGGCUCUACGACUACUUCCUCGACGUCUUUGCCUCCUUCGGCCUCAGUCUACCGUGGGAGCACAGCCUCAGUGAACUUGGUUGCCGUGGCUUUGGAAAGCGCAGAAGCAAGCUGCCAAAGGACCACAGAAGUCUUCGACCUGACAGAGCUUGAUGACGAGUAUGAGGGGGAGUUUGGUUUGGAGCCGGGCGACGUGAUGAUGAUUCGGGCCAUGGCUGAGGAGGAGCAAGGGAACUCCGAUGCCGAACAUGAGGUGCUUGCGGGUCUCUACGGUGGCCUGCAGGAUGAGGAGGACUCCUUUGUGAAUUUCUCGGGGGUCCCGGUCUACGCCAUGGACGCAACGGACGGUGAUGAGCGGUGGGAUGUUGAGCCCGGCCUCGACCAAGCCCCUUUGCAGGUGAACGCCGUCACAAGAGCAAAAGAAGUGGAGGUUGUGAUUGACUCCGGUGCCACCUAUGGAAAAGCAACCCAGUCAGUGGGUGUUCGCAUGCAGGACGCCCAGGGGAAGAUGAUCAAAGAGCGUGGGUGCCGGGUGAUCGACGUGAUGAUGAAGACGGCUGCCGGCGAGGAAGUGAUGGUUCGCGAGCGUUUUGCCAUAGCGAAAAUUGGCUCAAUGAUCAUGUCGGUGGGCCGGCUCCUCAGAUGGGGGUGGCAACUUGGACACCAUAACGGCGGCCCUGUGAUCGAGAAGGACGCGCACAAGGUGCCGAUCACGCUGAGGAGGAAUACCUUGACGGUGCCGGCGGUGAUUGCAGCUGUUAUGGUUGGGCCUCUUCUCCAAGGCCAAGCCCCAGCACGAGUGCAGCCCCUUAGCACGUAUGAUGAUCUGGGGCGUUUUCCCAAGGAGGUGGAGGACUUAGUGGCAAGACCUGGCUGGAGCAUUUUGCCAAGCGGCCUGCCUUUGCUGACGAUCCACAAGACCGAGAACUUGAAUCUGGAGCAGUCGCUGUGGGAGGCAGACGAUUGGAGCUGGAUCGCGGUCUUUGUGCGGUUGGAAGAGGCAACUCGUGCCCCUGAGCCAGGCGAUGUCUGGGUGCAGCUCCUUACCUUGAAGAGCCAGGACUAUGAGGGCGUGUCGCAAAAGAUUGUGGAGCUGGACGAGGACCUGGGCGGCCAGCGUGACGUUGCAGUUCUUUUCCAUGUGGAUGAGUUGCCGAAAGACCUCCUUAGCAACCCUCGGGAUAUCUUUUGCGAGGCCCCACACGAGGAGGACAUGCCACCAGCCCCUUUGGGAGACGAUGGAGGCGGGGCCCUUCUUGGAGAUGAGCCCUUGGAUGUGGAGUUCGAGGGCCAGACCCAGGAGCCUGAGGAAGUCGAAGGUGAAAGCCUCGAAGGGGUGAAGCUCAACGUCGAAACUCCUCUCAAGAAGCUGAAGGAGCUCUGUGAUAGUCUGGGCCUCUCCCGGAGCGGGGGAAAGAACAAAGUCUUGGCCCGCCUUCGGCAGCAAAGAGAGAUCUUGGAGAGGAGAAUGACAACGGAGGUGGCAAGGAAGAUGUAUCUUGAGGGCAACCGCGACCCGGACAUCCCAAGGACACCCAUAUUGCCGUCAGCUCGCCAGCAAGAGCUGCACAGCAUCACGCACCAGCCUUUCCAAAGCUGGUGUGAACACUGUGUGCUCAGCAGAAGCAAGCAGUCGCCACGCAGGCCCGGCCAACAGGAGGUGGAGCAGAAAGUGCCAGAGGAGGUCCGAGUCGACCCUGUGAUCCAGAUCGAUUACUGCUUCACCUUUACAAAGCUGAAGCACGAGGUUGCUCCUGAAGAGGGGCAAGUUGUGGAACCUGAUGCUCCCGAGGCAGAGGAUCGACGAGAUCAAUAUGGUCUGUGCUUGGUGGCGGCUGAGAGCACCACCGGGGGUCACAGCGAUCCCGGUGCUCGAAAAAGGCGCUGGCUCGCUCAAGCGGGUCACAGAACAGCUUGUUCGCCUGUCGCUUCAGGUGAGUCCCGGCGACGCGGUCACAGUGCAGGGAGAUCCUGA